AGAAAGUCUGCCAUUGAUAAUUGGCUUCCUGUCACUGCUUCCAGAAAUGCCAAAUGGUGGUUCUCUGCUUUUCACAAUCUCACCGCCAUGGUUGGUGCUGGUGUCCUCAGCCUUCCUUAUGCCAUGUCAAAGAUGGGCUGGGGUCCUGGCGUGGUUGCAAUGCUAUUGUCAUGGAUCAUCACCUUGUUCACACUAUGGCAAAUGGUUGAGAUGCACGAAAUGGUUCCCGGCAAGAGAUUUGACCGGUACCACGAGUUAGGGCAGUAUGCCUUUGGUGAAAAGCUUGGCCUAUACAUCGUGGUUCCCCAACAGCUACUUGUUGAGGUUGGCACAUGCAUUGUUUAUAUGGUCACCGGAGGCAAAUCUCUUAAGAAGUUUUAUGGCACCGUUUGUCCCACAUGCAAAGACAUCAGAACCUCCUAUUGGAUUAUGAUCUUUGCAUCUGUCAACUUUGUACUCUGUCAAUGCCCCAGCUUCAACUCUAUUUCUGCUGUCUCUCUAGCUGCAGCCAUCAUGUCUAUUGCCUACUCAACGAUUGCUUGGGUGGCUUCACUUAUGAAGGGAGUUCAACCAAAUGUGGAUUAUGGCUACAACGCAAAGAGCACAGCAGAUGGUGUGUUCAACUUCAUGACUGCCUUGGGAGAUGUAGCAUUCGCCUAUGCAGGCCACAAUGUAGUUCUGGAAAUCCAAGCAACGAUGCCUUCAACCGAAGAAGUGCCUUCCAAGAAACCAAUGUGGAACGGAGCUAUCCUUGCAUACAUAGGAGUGGCAAUCUGCUACUUCCCUGUUGCCUUCAUUGGAUACUAUGUAUUUGGAAACUUGGUUGAAGAUAACAUCCUCAUCACUCUUGAGCACCCUAUUUGGCUCAUUGCUGCUGCUAACAUGUUUGUUAUUGUCCAUGUUGUUGGUGGCUACCAGGUAUUUUCUAUGCCAGUGUUUGAUAUGAUGGAAACCUUAUUAGUGAAGCAGUUUAAGUUCCCCCCAUGCUUCACACUUCGAUUAGUUGCCCGCACUCUAUUUGUAGCAUUCACAAUGGCAAUUGCUAUAUGCGUCCCAUUCUUUGGUUCACUUCUUGGAUUUCUUGGAGGAUUUGCCUUUGCCCCAACAUCAUACUUCCUGCCUUGCAUAAUAUGGCUUAGAGUUUACAAACCUAAGAGAUUUAGCUUGUCUUGGAUAGUAAAUUGGACAUGCAUUGUGAUUGGGGUACUUUUGAUGACAGUAUCCCCAAUUGGAGCACUGAGAAACAUCAUCAUUUCAAUCCAUAACUACAAGUUCUUCUCCUGA